UGAGUGAUGAGGCAGAAGGCAAAACCAACAAAUCAAAUAAAUUAAAGGCAAGUGCUUCUGGUCACAAGAAAAUAAUUGUUUUAGGAAAUAAGGGUAUUUAUGCUUACUGGUCUUCUUUUUAGACCAAGAGGCGCACAACAUUUACAUACACCUUGUGUAGGAAGAAUUGGGAAGAAACCAUCUCUCUCUCUUUUCAACAGAAAAAUGAAAGUUUAAGAACGCAUAGCUUGACUUCUGAUCACAAGAAAACGAUUAUCCUAGGAAAUAAUCAUCUUAUAUUUAGUAAGACUUGGCCUCUCUCUCUCUCUCGCUUCUCGACCCAAAAAAAUGAAAGAAAGCAUAGUUUUGUACCCAGCACCUGGUUCUCACCAAAUCAUCUCCAUGGUAGAAUUAGCAAAGCUAAUCUCCCAACACCAUCCCAACUUGCCCAUAACAAUUCUACUCACAACUUCCACACCUUUUGAAACCUCCACCACAUCCUCCUCUUACAUCAACCUCAUCUCAUCUGAUCAAAACCAAACCAACCCCAAUCUCCCAAUCUCCUUCUUCACCCUCCCCUCCCUUCAUCUUCACCAAUCCCACAUCGAAAACCCUGUAGAAUCCGCAAUCGAAUUCAUGCGUCUCAACAUCCCCAAUGUCCUCCAAGCCCUCGAAACCAUUUCACAAAGUUCAAAAGUCUUAGCCUUUAUCACCUCCUCCGUCCACCACCCAUAUGACCCUCAAAUCCCAACCUACUUCUACUUCACCUCCUGCGCCUCUGCUCUUGCUCUCUUUCUCUACCUACCCACCAUCCACAACCAAACACCCAAGAGCUUCAGAGACCUAAACGACGCCGUCCUCCACUUCCCCGGAUUGCCACCUCUCCGAGCCUCCCAAAUGCCCCUGCCUCUUCUCGACCGCAGCGGCCCUGCAUACGAGUACUUUCUCAACUUCGCUGCUUGUCUUCCAAAAUCACAGGGAAUUAUAACAAACACCUUCCAAGCACUCGAGCCAUCUGCAAUCAAAGCCAUAAGCGAUAAUUCUUGCGUUCCAAAUCAUCAAACCCCGCCAAUAUUCCACAUCGGGCCGUUGAAUUUCGAUGCUAAAAAUCGGGCUUCAAGUGUCUGCGAAGACAGGUCAACUUCAACCAAGUGUUUGAUGUGGUUGGAUGAGCAGCCGAGCCAGAGCGUCGUCUUCUUGUGCUUCGGGAGCAGAGGUGCGCUCUCCGAAGCACAAUUAAGCGAGAUUGCCAUGGGUUUGGAGAGAAGCAAACAGAGAUUCUUGUGGGUCGUGAGAAGCCCUCCGGGUUCGAGCUCGGUUGAGCCGGAUCUGGAGAUUCUGCUACCCAAAGAGUUCUUGGAGAGGACCAAAAACAGAGGCCUGGUAGUGAAGUCGUGGGCUCCACAGGCUGCUAUUUUGCGCCAUGGAUGUGUAGGUGGGUUUGUGACUCAUUGUGGGUGGAAUUCAGUGCUUGAAGCAGUGACCUACGGGGUGCCAAUGGCGGCGUGGCCUUUGUAUGCAGAGCAGGCGGUAAAUGGUGUUGUUUUGGUGGAGGAGAUGAAGCUGGGGAUACCAGUUGAGUCAAAAGAAGGGUUUGUGAGUGCAGAGGAAGUGGAGAAGAAGGUGUCGCUGUUGAUGGAUGGGAAAAGUCUGAGAGAACGAAGUCAAGCUAUGAAAGCAAUGGCUUUGGCUGCUUGGAACAAUGGUGGGUCUUCGUUCACUAGUUUUUCUGAGAUGGUAACUUCUUGGAAGCAAAUAGCAGUGCCACGUUCUGUUUGAUUGAAUGGCUAUAGCACUUGUGCAAUUUUCUGGUUUUAUGUUAAACUUAUCAAUAACUUUUCUUAAA